AUGCAUUGGCGGCGCGUAUUAGUAGGGUGGCUGGCCCUGGAAGUCGUUUAUGUCAUGGCUCUAGCUAAAUACCAGGAUACUUCUGAGUUUGAUAGGAAAAUCAAGUGCAUGCAAAAGUUAAUAGGCGGACUAUCGGCUCACAAACUACGUUCAACAAGACUCAAAGAACUAGCCGAUGCCCUUAAAGUUCGAGUGGAAGAAUGCAUGUCCAUUGAAAGCAUAAUCGAUCGCAACCGCUGUCUUAAGAAAUACAGUAAGAGCCCAAUUCUUUCCCGCCGAUCUGCAGCCAAGAAGGACAGCACUGGCGGCCGUAAGAAAAGGUCGUCUCUGGAUGAGAACCAAGAAGAUAAUCAGACUCUCUCAGAUACCGAUUCUCCUUAUUCACAGAAACAAGCCGACUCACCACGUUCAUCUAGAACCAGGCGUAGUGUAGAUUCGGACCUUGAAGAAACCUCCGAUGCCAUUGUUGAGGAUGAAUAUACCGACACCGGUGAUAAGACCUACUCAGAUGACCAAUUCUCUGAGCCAUCUGGUCCCCCACGAACAUUUAGACGUUCCGAGUACCGACCAUCCGGUAAAGAUAGGGCUGUAAAGAAGAGAUACAGACGCCCAUCCUCCUACCGUAACGAAGAGUCUACCGAUGACGACGACUAUAUCUAUAGUGAAGCCCGAUCUCGCAAAUAA